AGGAAACCCUUAAACCCUAGUAAAGCCCUUCUAUCCUCAUCUCAAUCCCGGGAAACGUUGUUAGUUGUUCUCGUUGUGGUUGUCAUUUAUAUUUUUCAUCACUGCUGAAUCUCCUCUCUGAGCAUGAAGGGCAGAACCCGCAAAAAGAACCCUUCUUCACUGGCCAAUGGAAUCAGGAAUAAAAAGUCCAGAGUUUCUCUAGAUAGAGACCCUUUCUUCAACAGUGAUUCGAAGCGUAGGAGACGAAAGAUUGAUGAUGAUGACGAUGCUGGUAUCAUCGACAGUGAUGAAACUGAUGAGGAAGCAGAACGUCUUGCAGCUUCUGAUGGUGGGGAAGAAGUUGAAGAAGUGGACUCUGAAUUUGAAAAAGAAACUGCUGAUGAGAAGCGGCUGAGACUAGCGAAGGCACAUUUGGAGAAGAUUCGAGAGAUUGCGAGGAUGGAGCAGGAUGAGGAAGAACUGGGGGAUGAAGGGGAUGAAGAGGAGAAAGCUGGGAACCGUGAUUCCUUGGUUGCUAAGAUGCUGCAACAGGAGCAACUCGAAGAAAGUGGACGUGUUCGAAGAUUGAUUGCUUCCAGGGUUCAAAAACCAACAAGUGUUGAUCAAUUUCGAGUCUUAGUGAAACACCGGCAAUCGGUUACUGCUGUAGCUUUAGCUGCAGAUGACUUGAGGGGGUUUUCAGCUUCCAAAGAUGGAACUAUAAUCCAUUGGGAUGUGGAAAGUGGGAAAAGUGAAAAGUAUGCAUGGCCUAGUAAGGAAACACUGAGCUUACAUGGUGCUAAGGAUCCACAAAAUUCAUCCAUGAAGUGGAGUAAACACAUUUUGGCAUUGGAUGUUAGCUCUGAUGGUCGGUAUUUGGCUACUGGCGGCUUAGACCGUCAUGUUCAUUUGUGGGACACCCGGACACGGGAUCAUAUUCAGGCAUUUCCUGGUCAUAAAGGACCAGUAUCUGAUUUGAAUUUUAGGCAGGGGACUCCACAGCUUUUCUCUGCUUCCUUUGAUCGACAAAUCAAGUUAUGGAAUGUGGAAGACAGGACUUAUAUGCAGACCUUAUUUGGUCACCAAAGUGAUAUAUUGACAAUAGACUGUCUACGUAAAGAAAGGGUGUUGACCGUUGGGCGUGAUCGUUCUAUGCGCUUAUAUAAGGUCCCUGAGGAAUCCCAAUUAGUUUUCCGUGCUCCCAUGGCAUCUUUAGAGUGUGCAUGUUUUAUCAACAAUGAUGAAUUCUUAUCUGGCUCAGAUGAUGGAAGUGUUGAGCUUUGGAGCAUGAUGCGGAAGAAGCCUGUGUAUAUCGUGAAAAAUGCCCAUGCAGUAUUAGCUCCUUCCGAAAAGUUGGGUUCAAUGAAUAAUGGGAUUAUUUCCAAUGGGAAUAGAAUGGAAAAUGGCAGCCUCAAGCCUGAAAACUAUUGUUCAGCAGCACACUCCUGGGUCAGUUCGGUCAGUGUGUGUAGCAACAGUGAUCUAGCUGCAUCAGGAGCUGGUAAUGGGGCAGUUCGUCUAUGGGGUAUAGAAAGUGACAGCGCAAGGAUCCGACUCUUGUUUGAACUGCCUUUGGUUGGAUUUGUAAAUGCCCUAGCGUUUGCAAAAUCUGGACGGUUCCUUUUAGCUGGUGUUGGACAGGAACAACGGCUAGGAAGAUGGGGACGUAUUCCAGAUGCACGAAACGGUGUUGCUGUGCAAUCCCUUAAGCUCUCUGAAUAGGGUUUGAUAUACCCUUCUUAAAGAUUCCCAAUUUUGAUUAUCUUGAGUAGAUAAAUUAAACUGAGGAAUUCCUCAAUUUUGCGCUAGCUGUGUAGCUAUAGAAAUCUGUUGGUUAUGUAAGUUGUAUUUACUGCUCAACCAAUGAGUCCUUAGGUCUUGUUAAAUGAAUAAUUUUACGCAAAUUUUUCUUUUUGGGUCAAAA